UUUCUCCCACUUGACCCCUUCGUUCUGGGGAAAAAAUGAAGCCCCCUGAUCUAUCUUCUCUCCGGAGACCAUCCGCCGCCGCAGGUUACCCAACCCUCACCCACAAGAGCUUGCGUCCUCUCCUAUCGAUGUCGACUGCAUCCUGGUCCCCUCUCUGGGUCGUCUCCACCUGGGUGUUUCGCGCCCUUGGGCAAUGCGCCGUCACCACCACCGUUCAGGAAGACCACGGAGGAUCUGAGGACAAGAAGAAAGUACGGUAGGAAGGGGGCGGCCCAGGUGCAGCAUGGUAUCACCAGCACGGAAACGAUCUCCUAUCUCGUCGGCGGCAGCAGCCCCAGCAACCCUCCACAAUUGUCUCCUCAAGUUGGAAGAUGCGCGUAUUGUAUGGUGUGUAUCCCUGGUUUCUGAAGUUGGUUGAAGACUUCAAAGGAGCUGCGUAAAGGAUAUGGAGUAUAUCACCUUUCUACCCCAUGAUCCUGAGUAAAGCUUCAAACUUUCAAGUAAGUAUGCUUAGUCACCGUGCUCCAGCAGCGACAGGAAGUAUCCACCACUGAUUCUACAGAGAGGCGUGGCAGCAACAACAGGUUUCAAAGCAUCUUAAGCGACUGGCUAAAUUGAGGUAACUGUUCUGUCCUGUCUAGCCUCAAACCUCUGUUGUUAUCUCUCCUACCACUAUACUCCUUUUUAUUUGCUAAUAGUGCAUUCGUUGAAUACAUUUCACUUCAAAUAGUACCCUAGGUGAUGAACAACUGGACUUAGCUAUUUGUUAAAUUGAACACAAAAUAUACAACUAAUAGUAAGAACCUACUUUUGCUUGAUUGAUAUUUAUCAUGUAUUUUCUCAAAGAGUAAUCUUGAAGUUGCAUGAAAGCAAACAUGCUUGGUCAUGCCUGGGGGACUUUUUUUUUGUAGAUAUAUGUCCCCAGGAUAUGUAUGAUAAUGUUGUGACAAGUGUUCGAACAAGCGAUGGCGACACUGAUGACUUUCCAAUUAGAAUAGGGCUACACCAAGGGUCAGCUUUGAGCCCUUAUCUUUUUGAUUUGGUGAUGGAUGAGGUCACAAGGGAUAUACAAGGAGACAUCCCAUGGUGUAUGCUCUUUGCGGAUGAUGUGGUGCUAGUCGAUGAUAGCCGAACGGGGGUUAAUAGAAAGUUAGAGUUGUGGAGGCGAACUCUCGAAUCGAAAGGUUUUAGGCUUAGUAGAACUAAAACUGAAUACAUGAGGUGCAGUUUCAGUUCUACUAGGCACGAGGAGGGAGAGGUUAGCCUUGAUGGGCAGGUGGUACCGGAGAGAGACACUUUUCGAUAUUUGGGGUCCAUGUUGCAGAAGGAUGGCGAUAUCGAUGAAGAUGUGGGCCACCGAAUCAAGGCUGGUUGGAUGAAGUGGCGCCAAGCUUCGGGCGUACUCUGUGACAAGAGAGUGCCACAAAAGCUAAAAGGCAGGUUUUAUAGGACAGCUAUCCGACCUGCGAUGUUGUAUGGCGCUGAGUGUUGGCCAACGAAGAGACGACAUAUCCAACAGUUAAGUGUAGCAGAGAUGCGCAUGUUGAGAUGGAUAUGUGGCCACACAAGAAAGGAUCGGGUACGGAACGACGAUAUACGGGAGAGAGUUGGGGUAGCACCGAUUGAAGAGAAGCUGGUCCAACAUCGUCUCAGAUGGUUUGGACAUAUCCAACGGAGGCCUCCGGAAGCGCCAGUGCAUAGCGGACGGAUAAAGCGUGAUGAGAAUGUUAAGAGGGGUCGUGGUAGACCAAACUUGACAUGGGAGGAGUCCAUUAAGAGAGACCUGAAGAUUUGGAAUAUCGACAAAGAUUUAGCCAUGGAUAGGGGUGCGUGGAAGUUAGCUAUCCACGUUCCGGAACCAUGACUUGGUUUCGAGAUCUUAUGGGUUUCAACUCUAGCCUACCCCAACUUGUUUGGGACUGAAAGGCUUGGUUGUUGUUGUUGUUGUUGUUGUAUAUAUGUCCCCAGAUUAUUUCCUCAAAACUCUGCUAAGUUCAUUGCUGCAUAUUUCUUAUUUAUGGCAAGAUGUCUUUAUAUGCACACAAAACCACUAAUUGAUGAAUACUAUAAAAUAUAGACAUGCACAAUUUAAGAUCUCAACUACUCUUUGAUCAAAAAAAUAAUCUAUCAUUUGGUUUAAAUUUUUUCUUGCAGAAUUUGCAGUUUCUGCCUAUUUUAUUUUCCGCAGGUGCUUCUUUAUCUGUCUACUUCGGCUUGGAUGCAAAGGCACACUAAAUAUUCUUCUGUAUGUGUGCGUCUACACAAAUUCAUCUGACAUUUAGGUCGUCUGAUGGCUCCAGCAAUGAACACCGGUUUUGCAUUGCUUUGCAAGUUCACUCUAGGAGAUAAUGAUCAGGGCAUCCCACAUGCAGUAGCCAAUCAAAUCUGAAUUCAACUAUGGAUGUACCUGGCUUCAAUAUUGCACAAGGGCUGGAAGCCAAUGCAAUCGUAUCAAUAGAAAAAAAAUGAAACGGUGCUAACUAUUGGAUGGAAGCAAAUGUAUCUUUGCCUGCCUAGCCUCUGGUAGGACCGUAAGAUUUACAUUAACAAAUGCUUGGACAUCACAGAUUAUUGCUUUCUUGCACACAAGUAGACAUGAUAAAUAUGUCGGCCCUGCCGGGCUCAGUAUAUUCCAGAGCAAAGACAACCAUAGAAAGUAAAAUAUAUUAUAGAGCUCAGACAGCCAUAGGAUGUACACUACAUUCAACUUUUCUCUUCCAUGACUUCUCACACAUGAUUUUAUACACAUGCUGAAAAUAGCACUACCGUUUUUUA